AUGCUUCUGCAACUUUUGCGAUCAUUUGAUAUAUCCCUCAGCGAUGCUCUUAUUCGCAUUGCUCUAGUCUCCAUCAUUGUGCUGGGCAUUGGCCUGGCCGUUGUCAUACAGUUUGGAAAUGUUCAAACAGCGCACAGGAGGUUAAGGCACCUCGAAAGACUCGGAUCAAUCACCAGCAACAUGACAGAUCAAUAUGACUCAAAAUUCGGCCUACCACCGAACACUGCCAAUGACGGACCAGUGCGCAUCAAAUCACUAUAUCUUCAUCCUGUCAAGUCUUGCGGGCCCAUCGAGGUAGAUAGAGCCUUGCUUACCAAGACGGGAUUUAUGUAUGACAGAUGUUUUGCCCUUGCGACGGAAACUAUCAACAGAGAUAAUCCCGCAGCCUCAAAAUGGAGUUUCAUCAGCCAACGCACCAAGCCUAUGAUGUCCCUGAUAAAGACAGAGCUAUGGCUUCCACACAAGGAAAGCAAUCCAUAUGACCCGCUAGUUCAAUCGCGUGGAUGUGUGGUCAUGACAUUCGAAGAUCCAGACAUCCCGAAUUGGGCCAAUCGAGUGGAGACAUUCUUCCAUACAUGGGAUGUGUUCGCAAAGCCACAGGUCUCCUUCAUCAUCCCUCUCCAUAUGACGGCUACCCAGAUCGAAGAAUCCCAAACCAAACUCAAAACAUUUGGCAUUCACUCCCGCGAUGCAAUGGGUCUCGAUCUUGGCGGCGUCCCUUCUAUUACAGCCGCUUUGCCUAAGCUGAAGAGAUUCUUGAGAAUACCGGAAGGCCAAAGCCUCACGCUUUUCAGAUGCACUCCAGACACCUUAACUCGCACGGAUAAGAACCUUGCACCACUAAAACACAUCGGCACACCAGCUCUGCAUGGCUACACAGACCAACAGCCCAUCAACAUAAACAGUCUAUCAUCAGUCCAUGCUGUAUCAGCACUUCUUCCUAUCGAAAAUCAGCCCAUGGAUGCUCUGCGUUUCCGCGCAAAUAUAUGGAUCACAGGCGCGCCUGCAUUCGAAGAAGAAACAUGGAAACGCUACGCCAUCCUUCCAAAGAGUGGCAGCACACAGCCACGAGCCAGUGUAGCACCGGCAUUCUCGGUCGUGUGUCGCACCUCUCGAUGUACAAUGCCCAACGUUGACCCCGGGAAGGGGACUUUUGACGCAGACAUUCCGCCUCCUGAGAAGAAACGAGGCAAGCCGCAGCCAAGCACCACUUUAGUGCAGUAUAGGACCGUUGAGACUGGAAAUAAAGCGGCGCUUGGGUAUCUUGGAAUGCAUUGUGUUCCUGAGGAUUGGACCUUAAAAAUGGCCGAAGAGCAGAAAAUCGGAUUGUAUGUUCAAGUCGGUGAUGAGAUUGAAGUGCUUGAACGGGGGACACAUCUGUAUGGGUCGACGGGUGAUGAUUAUUAG